AAGAAAUAGUAUAUUUUUUAGAGGUUUAUUAAAGGAUAAAGAUUAAAGAAUAUACAAGUAAGAAACAUGUGCCUAGGCCAGAGGUCUAGACAAAAUAACCUCACAUCACGCAAGAGAUACGCCUGCUCCAAAGCCGAAGUCCAAAAAGAGCCAAGAGCCCCCUCAAAAGCCUUUGAAUCAGCUUAAAUACCUUCUCGAUCUCGGCCCAGGUGAGAUUACAAGGCAUUCUGGGGAAGUGGAGCAAAGGCUCAUGGGGAUUGUAGUCCUGUAUUCGAGUCUGUUUUUUACACACAUCAACUGGUUGCUGAAAACAUAAAUUUAAGAACUGUACAAAGUUUUCUUGAGUCUUGUUACUGGCAUGUUUUGGCAGCCUUAAGUAGGGAAUCUCUACAAGUCACUUGGAGCAAGAAAAGCAAAUUUUCUAGGAGAAGUCUUCUCCAGACCUGUCUGGAGAACAUGGCCCAUUUCCAAAUUUCCAAGGGAAAGUACUCCAGGGACGGCACAGCUGCUAUUCAAAAGGAAAUGGGUUGACUAAAUAGAAAUUGGGCCUGGAUCCCAAGGAGACUCAAUGUUAUAUAAUAUUGAUAAUCAUUAUUUAUAACUCUUUUGUUUCAUAGUGUUUGUGUUUGCCCUAACUCCUUUUAUUAUGUGGGGAUCAGGGCAUUUCUCUUGUAACUUUUCAGUAAACUGAAAGUCUGUUUCUAUUAACCUCAACUUACCAAAACUUGACUUAGGACCUAAUAACAUCAACUGUCUGACUUUCUUCUGGUAGAAAAAAAGCAAAGGAAAUUUUGAAGUUCCUUGAAAUGAUUUAGUUAUUACCCUAGUUAACUGUAUCAGAGGAUUUCCCUGACCCUCCUUUUCUUGAUUACUUUGGUCCUAUAUAAAUCUUCCCUCUUAAAACAGUCCAUUGUGAGUUCUCUAAAUAUAGUUUAAUCUAUUAUCUGCCUUGGUUUACCCUCAGAGUCAUUUAAUGAGGUUCAUCUCCUUAAGGGAUGUAUGAGAUUAUGACUCAAUUGUUUAUUCAUCUUUUAUGACAUUGAAAGGAACAUGGGAUUAUGACUUUUGUAAUACUCAUGGCCACAGUACCCUCAUUUCCUACUGUAAGCAUUUACAACUCCUAAGACUUACUCCAAUUGGUCCCUCUAAGAGACAGUGGGGGAAAGCUGGAUGCCAAUUUGACCCUUACCCCUCCUUAAAUGAAUUAUAGCAAGUUCUAGACAAGAUGGAUAAUGAGGAUGCUUCCAUUUGUUCAGGUUGUUUUGAUGAACUCCCCUUGAGAUCUUAACUUAGCUUUUGACUUCUAUAAUUAUGCGUUCACUUAUAUGACAAUGUUAGGUUUGGGAAAUCCCAAUCAGCUUCACAAGCUUAAGAUGGGGUCAGUCUGAAAAUGAUCUGGUGGUUUUAGUGGACUGAAAGCUUAUCAUGAGGACUGGACAAGGAAAAAAGUUAAUCCAGUCUUAGGCUGCAUUGAGAAAUGCAUAGCUUUCAAGGAAAGCCUUACAAGGAAGUCAGACAGUCAAGGCUCUUGACCGAAGUCUAUGCCAUAUGAGGACCAGUUGAGAAAACUGGGGGUGUUCAGCCUAGAGAAGCAGGAUGGAGAGACAUGAUGACUGUCUUCACAUAUCUGAAGGCUUCCACGUAGACAAGGCAUACUUUGUUUAGUUUGGAGGACAGAACUAUAGGGGAUGAGGAGGGAUCACAGAGAGAUAAGCUUAGGUUUAAUGUCAGUAAAAUCUUGAUAAUCCAGGUGACAGAGUGGACAAAGCAUUAGGUCUGGAAUCGGGAAGUCCUGAGUUCAAAUCUAACCUUAACUUUUAGGUAUAUGACUCUGGUCAAGUCAUUCAAUCCCUAUAUGCCUCAGUUUUCUCAUCUAUGAAAUGGGGAUGCUAAUAGCACUUACUUCCCAGGACUGUUGUGAGAUCAAAUGAGAUAAUGAUAAAGAGCCUGGAACAUAGCAAAUGCCAUGAAAUUGUUAGUUAUUAUCAUUAUAAUACCUCUCCCCAAAUGGGAUGGAUUGCAUCAGGAGGGAGUGGGUUCUCUCUCAUUGGAGGUUAUUAUUAAGCAAAGGCUGGAUGACCACUGACUGAGGAGGCAGCCUGGAGUAGGGAUUCUUCUUCAGGUUUGGGUUGGACCAAAUGGCCGUUGGAGUUUCCUUCCCAAAAGAAAGUUCUGUUCACUGCAGUGACCAGCCAUUGUUAAUGGAUGAGGGUGACCCCAUUGCUGUUGAGACUUCUGCUAGGGCUCCAGGUGGGCUGGACACUCAUGCCCUUCAUGACUCUCCUCUGACCACAGCAAGCCCCAUUAGGGUAUUUGAGACACUUGGUGUCAUAACAGAGUUCUGGGCUUGGAAUCAGGAGGACUUUGCUUCAAAUCUGGCCUCCUACACUUACUAGCUGUGUGAUCUUGGGCAAGUCACUUCAUCUCUGUCGCAGUUCCUUUGGCCAUAAAAUAGGGAUAACAGCACCUACCUUUGCAGAGUUGUUGUGAGGAUCAGAUGAAAUACUUGUAAAAAAUGGGUCAGUGCAGUGGCUGGCACAUGGUAGGCACAAUAGAAAUGCUCAUUCCUUUCCCUUCCCUUUAAGGUUAGGAGAGGCAUGACUGGAGCUGUCAGAGGGCCAAGUCCUGGAGAAGAUGAGUCCCCUUUUUUUUAUCCUGUGUACGGGCCUCUACACCCCUGGUGGGAAUCACCUCAUGUUCUUCUCUUUUGGGGGUUCCCAUACUGUCCAUGGGCCCCUUUUCCUGGUUUGUUUCUCUUCUCCACAGCAGAGCCCCAAAGGGAAUGAUGGCCAGAGUCCCUCUCUCUAUCUACAUAUGUAUAUCCUUGGGCAGCUAGGUGGUACAGUGGAUAGGUCAUCAAGCCUGGAGUUGGGAAGACUGGAAUUCAAAUAUGGCCUCGGACUCUGUGUGACCCUGGGCAAGUCACUUAACCCUAUUUGUCUGUUUCCUCACUUGUAAAAUGAGCUGGAGAAGAAAAUGGAAAAUCACUCCAGUAUCUUUCCCAAGAAAACCUCAAAUGGGGACAUGAAGUCAGACAUGACUGAAACAAUUGAACGCCAACGAUGUGCAUCUAUAUCUUAUCCAACUAACUUCUUUCCUCCUAAGCUAUUCUAGCGAAGAGAUGAAUUCCAGGACAGGAUUUGUGGAUGGAGAGAAAUCUUCUUUAGUAGAUGGCUUUCUACAAAGUCCCAAUCUACUUUUUGUCUCCAUCUGGAAACCAGAAAGAUUCAGGGGUUCACCGGAUGAUAGUCAAUGUCCAGAGGGAUCCUCAGUCUCAGAGGUCCUCUCAGACCGUCCACUCCAGGAGAGCUGACAAGAAGUCAUCUGGCAGUUUCACUCUCUCAGCUCAUCUGUGUUCCUUCUGGCAUUUUCAGCCUUUCUUUGCCCUUCCCCCAUUUGGGCUCUUCUUUUGCAUGCUGGAUCUGAUUUUUCUCUCCUACAAAUCUAUACCUAUAGCAUCUAUCCCUUCAUCUGUCAUUAUAUCUACACACACACAUGUAAUACCUGAAUAGAAGUCUAUACGUACAUCUAACAAUAUUCAGCUGUGGUUCCUCAUGAAAUGAGCACAUUCCAUCCCAAGGUUGCAAAUGAGGAGGCUCCCCUGUCCUCCCAGCCCAGAUUGAGCCUCAGUUUCCCCAGAUGUAAGCUGAGGCUGCAGGACUCCAUUUCCUAUCGGCUCCCUUCAGGGGAUCGCUCUGUGACCCUGUACGAAGUCCCUGCCUGGGGCUGAAGGGCCUGGAAGUCUCCCGCAGCUGCCAGAAGGGCUGAGCUCAUCCCGCCCCCAUCUCUCUGCGCCAGCGCGGGGGGAGAAUCUCCCUGAGGCCCCCGCACUGUCUUAGGGCCCAGAAGAGCCUGGAACUCCGCACGCCUGACGCCCCGGGACGCUUUUCUUUCCCCUCGGAACCCCCGAGACUGCAGCGCGGCGCCUGGAGCCACUGUGGAGGGGCGGGGAGGGAGGCGGGACUCACCCGGGAGACGCGGAAGGGAGGCGCAGAAGGAGGGGAGGAGGGAGAGAGGGGGGAACAGCUCCACAGGGCUGGGCGGGGCAAUCUAACCUGGGAACCGGGCGGCGCAGAGGCCUCCGGGAAACCGGAAGUGAAGAUCAUACCAGUUCCACCUUCUCCUCCUCCACUUCCUAAGCUUUUCCCUCUGUGGCCCAAUAGCCGGUGGUGGAACUUCCUCCGCCCCGCGCCUGCAGCCUCGUUUAACCCUUACAGAGACAAGGCUGGGAAAAUAUGGAGGAUCUUCACCAGAUGGACUCACUGGGGCUACUUUGCUGCCUCUACCGGAAGCCUGGAGCCUCAGAGAUGGCCUUUGAGAGGGACAGACUCCCAGACCAGGAGGUGGUGACCUUCAAGGAUGUGGCUGUGGAUUUCACUCGGGAGGAGUGGCGCCUCUUGUCCCCUCCCCAGAAGGAGCUGUACAAGGAGGUGAUGCUGGAGAAUGCCCGGAACCUGCUCUCUGUGGGGCUUCCAGCUUCCCCAGAAGAUGGGUUCUCUUAUUUGGAGCAGAGGGAAGCCCCAUGGAUGCUGGAGCAAGAAGGCCUGAGGAGCUUCUGCCUAGGUGGAGAGAUCGGACCUGAAAUGAAGGCGAGUCUAACAGAAGUGAGCCCUCCUGUAGAAGAAACGGACUUACAAAGAUUCAUGAGUGAUGGUCCCAAUAACAUUACUUCCAGAGAAUUCUCUGUUGUGUCUCAAAAUUCAUCCCGUAUUGAACAUAAAAGAAGGCAGACUGGGGAGAAACCUUAUCAAUGCAAGCAUUGUGGAAAGACAUUCAGUCAGAGCUCCAAUCUUGCUCGACAUCAGAGAAUCCACACUGGUGAGAAACCUUAUGAAUGCAAACAAUGUGGAAAUACAUUCAGUCUGAGCUCUGAUCUUGCUAGACAUCAGAGAACCCACACUGGGGAGAAACCCUAUGAAUGUAAGCAAUGUGGAAAGACAUUUAGUCAGAGUUCCAAUCUUGCUUUACAUCAGAGAAUCCACACUGGGGAGAAACCUUAUGAAUGCCAGCAAUGUGGAAAGACGUUUGGUUGGAGUGGUACUCUUGCUAGACAUCAGAGAAGGCACACUGGGGAGAAACCUUAUGAAUGCCGGCAAUGUGGAAAGACAUUUGGUCGGAGGGAUCGUCUUGCUGAACAUCAGAGAAGGCACACUGGGGAGAAACCUUAUGAAUGCCAGCAAUGUGGAAAGACAUUCAGUCUGAGCUCUGAUCUUGUUGUACAUCAGAGAAAGCACACUGGGGAGAAACCUUAUGAAUGCCAGCAAUGUGGAAAGACAUUCGGUCAGAGGUCCCAUCUUGCUGUACAUCAGAGAAGGCACACUGGGGAGAAACCUUAUGAAUGCCAGCAAUGUGGAAAGACAUUCAGUCAGAGCUCCCAUCUUGCCUUACAUCAUAGAAUCCACACUGGAGAGAAACCUUAUGAAUGCAAGCAGUGUGGAAAGACAUUCACUCUAAGCUCCAAUCUUGCUAAACAUCAAAGAAGGCACAAUGGGGAGAAACCUUAUGAAUGUAAGAAAUGUGGAAAGAUAUUCACAUUGCAGCUCCAGUCUUGCUAUUGUGUGGAAAAAAUUCCCCCCACCCCCCUUUCUGAAGCAACACAAAUCAAAAGAUAGCAAAUAAUGUUGUGGAUUUCAAAUAUGAAAUAAAAUUAUUGAUGUUCCAAUGACUUUAGUGAAAAGCAUUAUCAGAAUAAUUGUCUUACAUAGAAAACGACCAUGUAUCUGUCAGUUUGACACUGUGGACUGAUUGCACCCAGAGGCCAGUGUAACAACUGAUGCAGUCACACUUAUUUCUACAAUUACUAAACCCUUCACUUACAUAUUAAAUCUUAUGCCUAUUUUGCA